CACAAGAAGUGGAUGAUGCUAGCAGCGUGAGGAUGGGAACCCAAGUGAAGGACGUCAUCGUGAAGCCGGAUGCGCCCAGCUCCCUGAUGCUGGACAAGCACGCAGACUACAUCGCUGCCUACGGAGCCAAGAAGGACGAUUAUGAGUACACGCUGUCGGAGUACCUGAGGAUGAGUGGGAUCUACUGGGGUCUGACGGUGAUGGACCUGAUGGGUCAGCUGCCUCGCAUGAACCAGGAGGAGAUCACAGACUUCAUCAAGUCCUGUCAGCACGAGUGUGGAGGCAUCAGCGCCAGCAUCGGACACGACCCCCACCUGCUCUACACACUCAGCGCCGUCCAGAUCUUGUCUCUAUACGAUAACGUGGACGCGAUCGAUGUGGACAAAGUGGUGGAAUACGUGAAAGGGCUUCAGCAGGAGGACGGCUCAUUUGCAGGAGACAAAUGGGGAGAAAUCGACACAAGGUUUUCCUUCUGUGCUGUGGCAACACUGGCGUUACUGGGCAAGAUGGACAAAAUAAACGUGGACAAAGCCGUUGAGUUCAUCUUAUCCUGUAUGAACUUUGAUGGAGGUUUCGGCUGCAGACCUGGAUCAGAGUCUCACGCUGGUCAGAUUUACUGCUGCACCGGCUUCCUGUCGCUCACCGGGCAGCUGCACCAGGUGAACGCCGACCUGCUGGGCUGGUGGCUCUGCGAGAGGCAGCUGAAGUCCGGAGGCCUGAACGGACGACCUGAGAAGCUUCCGGACGUGUGCUACUCCUGGUGGGUGUUGGCGUCACUGAAGAUCAUCGGCAGGAUUCACUGGAUCGACAAGGCCAAGCUGCGAGCGUUCAUCCUGGCCUGCCAGGACGAGGAGACGGGGGGGUUUGCUGAUAGACCAGGAGACAUGGUGGAUCCUUUCCACACUUUGUUCGGAGUUGCCGGUCUCUCUCUCCUCGGAGACGAGAAGAUCAAGCCGGUGAAUCCAGUGCUGUGUAUGCCCGAGGACGUGCUGCAGAGAGUCGGCCUGCAGCCGGACCUCCUGAGCUAGCACAGCUCCCCAACAUCACACACACACACACACACACACAACACACACACACACACUGCCCUGCUGAGCACAGCCACCACCCCUGCUGGAAGUCAGGAGCAGAGAGAGGACCACCACACAUCCUAGUUUUAGUCCACGGACACAUUUCACACGCAGGCUUCUGACUCACUAAGGAGAAGGUGUGAAAGUCUCUGAGCUUUUCUGUCUUCAAACCCUCAACCACUCGUUAUCCAUUCACGUCAGGGUUCUUCGGGUUCGCUGUGAGAAAAUGAUGAAUUUGAGAAAUGGUCUUAGACGGAGAUGUAACCUUUUGUUAUGGAAAAGGCCCCGGAACUCAUUAAACAACAUUCCUUAACUUUUGUUCAUUAUGUUAGUUUGAAUGAAAACGUAUCUGUGGCCCAGGAAACAGUGAGUGGGAAUGUUUCAGCCUCUUUCUUGCUCUCGUCUCCUUUUCAGCAAACCAAGGAGGUUAUUACUGUCAUUAUGUUUUUAUCUGACCAGAGUAGGAGACGCUGCUUCUCCUUCCUCUUUCCUUCUGCUCGGACUGAGGUCGAUUCAGUUUUUACGCGACAGUUUUGCACAUUUAACCUUGAGGGAGUUGAGUGGGUCAGAUCAGACGAGUUCAGCUUAAAGGUUCAAGUUAGGUUUUCUGUUGUGUUUUGGAUUAAAGGCGUCAUCAUCUCUUUUCCCCAGGACAACCUGUUCCUAAUUAAAUAACCUGGGCAAGCUAUCAACUUUCUUAUCCUUAUCGUAGAGAAGUCAAAUCAACAAUGUCCCCCAAAUUGUAAUGGAUUCUCCCUUGAGUCAGUCCCACACCACAGAAUCUAAUGGAAAUCGGCUCAGUAGAUUUUGAGUCAUCCUGUCAUGACGGAGACAAUCACGCGUCUCACAGCUGGAAAUACAACAACGGGACAUGUUGCAAAUAAAAAUAGUUCCGUUAAUGUCACUGUGAUUUAAAAAGAAACUACAGAACAGAGAGAUUGUUACUGAGGAAGGUGUUGGAGGAAGGAGACAGGAGGAGGUGGAACACAUGAUGGUGUUUAAUGUCUUAUCCACAGGCUCAGCUUAUUUAAAUCCAUGUUGAUCAGUGCCGGGUUGAGCGCCCCCUGUGGGCAGAGGGCUGCGUUUGUCUCCACUCUGUGUGAAGAGGAUUUCCAGUCUUAUGUUCAGAUCAAACUAAACAGAUUCUGUGAAAAUGGCUUUUGAAAUAUUUAACAUUUGUUAGCUUUGUCAAACUUGUUAAUUUGCACUUGGACGUCUCUGUUGUUACGGACAGGAAAUGAAUCCGAUAUUAAAGCUUCAGUUCCCCUAUUUAACAUUUCUCAGCCUUGUGUAAACAUUUAAUUAAUGAUUUAAUCACAUUUUGAGGUUGUGGGUUUAUACAUUAACACCAAUCAGUGGAGGUUUACAGGAUAAUAAAUGACAACACAGUUAAACACAGGUGUAAUAACAUAAAGUGUCUUCAUAGGAGAAGUUAUACAUGUUGUGUUUAUGACUAACAAUCAUACAUCUAAAGCGUUAUAAACUAUUUGUUAAACGCUUAACUGAUAAAUAUUAUUGUGUUUUCGUUGCUAUGCAGAAAUCAUUAAAAUAAUGAUUUUUUUUAAAACAACUGAAAAACCACAAGUGAACAUCUUGUUGAACCAGGUCUCGUCUUCGUGCUUCUGCAGCGCCGACUCCUGCACAUCCACAUAUGUGAAUAUUAAUGUAAGUUAUUUUUCUCCUCGUUUGGCAAUAAAGGUUUGAUUUCCUCUACAA